AUGGUUCAAAUGGUAUCGUAUGCUCUUGCACUCGGAGGAAUUAUGUUGUCUAUUGCAAUUAGACUUUCCAUUGAUGAUUUUGCUCUUGCAUUUAAAAGACCUACAUCGUUAUCUGUUGGCUUUGCCGCACAAUAUGUUUUGAAACCGACUCUUGGGGUAUUAGUAGCAUGGGGAUUUGGUCCUAUGUUCUAUGCUGGUUUUGUUCUCAUGUCUUGUAUUGCCGGGGCACAACUAUCAAGCUAUGCCAGCUUCUUGAUCAAAGGCGAUGUGGCCUUAAGCAUUCUAUUAACCAACUCAACUACUAUUGCAUCAGUUCUUGUUACUCCUCUUUUAUGGUUUCAGUUGAUGCAAUUGCUAUGUCGAAAUCAAUUUUUCAGGUACCAAAACUCCAUGAGAACAUAA